AGUGGAUGUAGCUCGGGUAAUUGCAACUGUCAGCAGACCUGUAAUGGCGUGUGUGGAGGAGUAGCCGUGGGAGCUUCUUCGUGCAGCAAUUGCCUCCAGUCAUGUUAUACCGGCUGCGGCGCAGGCGGCUGUAACUGCCAACAGACCUGUAGUGGCGUCUGCGGAGGCGUAGCCAUAGGAGCCUCUUCAUGCAGCAAUUGCCUGCAAUCAUGCUAUGCCGGCUGUAGCACAGGCAGAUGUAAUUGCCAACAAACUUGUGGUGGUGUCUGCGGAGGUGUAGCCGUAGGAGCUUCUUCAUGCAGCAACUGCCUGCAAUCGUGUUAUGCUGGCUGUAGCACAGGCAGCUGUAAUUGUCAACAAACCUGUGGUGGCGUCUGCGGAGGCCUUCGUUUAGGCGGCUACGGAAGCAUGGCCAUGAGCGGUUACUCUUUAUGUGGCAGUUGCCUACAGUCGUGCUAUGCUGGCUGUAGCUUAGGGAGCUGUAACUGCCCACAGACCUGUAGUGGCGUCUGCGGAGGCGUAGCAAUGGGAUCUUAUUCUUCAUGCAGCAAUUGUCUGCAAUCAUGUUACGCCGGUUGUAGUGCAGGCAGCUGUAACUGUCAACAAACGUGUGGUGGUGUCUGCGGUGGCUUUCGUAUGGGUACUUAUGGAGGGACUGCUAUGAAUACUUAUUCUGCAUGUGGCAAUUGCUUGCAAUCAUGCUAUGCAGGAUGUGGAUCAGGAAACUGUAACUGCCUGCAAACGUGCGGUAAUGUUUGUGGGAGCUUCGGUGGCUAUUAUUCUACUGGAGGAUGUCAAAAUCAAUGUACCCAGCAGUGUGCAGCCUCAUGCGGCAUGUCGUCGAUGUGCAUGAACUCAUGCCAAGCUGCAUGUGGAGCUCAAUGUCAGGCCGUGACGCCAAUGUCGGCUUGUACCAGUGGUUGUAAGAGCGGCUGCAUGAGUACAUGCCAAAAUAUCCCUUGGAUGUUGCCCUGUCAGCAACGAUGCGACGCUAGCUGUGCUCAGAGUUGCCAAGCAGCACGACAGAUCGUUAUGCCAUGCGCCAGUUCGGUUUCUGGUUGUGCCUGCUCCAGUGGUUAUAGCUCAUGUGGUGGUGGGAUGUGCUGCCGUGGCUAA